UCAUCCUCCAAUAAGGACUACACUUCCCAUGUUCCUUAGAAGUCGGAGCUUGCGCAAUAUGUUUUCCAUGGCCCUGCCUGCUCGUAGGGUCUAUUUGGUGUUGUUGUUGACACGUUAAGUGGGCGAAAGAAAGAGUUCAAGAAGUUAAUAUAACCCUGUGUCUGUCGCAUGAGGUAACUGGGUGAGCCCCUCCCUGCAAUGAGAGCUGACGACCAGGUCACCAGCCCCCCCUCCUUCUGCAGUUGAUGGAUCUGCAGCUGGUUCAGAGAUGACAGACAGCGUCAGGGCCUUCCUCCGCAAUGUUGCGACGGGGAUUAAAGACUCCAUAUUGGGGAUUGGAACAAUUUCCAAGCUGGAUGCCCGCAUCCAGCAGAAAAGGGAAGAGCAGCGGAGGAGAAGGGCCAGCGGGGCGCUGGCACAGAGACGGGCACAGAGUGAGGAGCGUAAACCGGACAAUGACCCCAAAGUAGCCAGCAGGAUUUUUCAGUGCUGUGCCUGGAAUGGAGGAGUGUUCUGGCUCAGUCUGUUUCUCUUCUACCGGGUGUUUAUACCACUGCUGCAGACUCUCACAGCAAAAAUCAUCGGUGACCCCUCCCUCCAUGGCAGUGUGUGGUCCUGGUUAGAGUUCAUCCUGACCUCCGUCUUCAGUGCUCUCUGGGUUCUCCCUCUGUUCGUCCUCAGCAAGAUAGUCAACGCCAUCUGGUUCCAGGAUAUAGCGGACCUAGCGUUUGAAGUGUCUGGGUGUAAAGCGCAGUCGUUCCCCAGCGUCAGUAAGAUCAUCGCAGACAUGCUCUUUAACCUUCUCCUCCAGGCCCUCUUCCUCAUUCAGGGCAUGUUUGUUAGCCUCUUCCCCAUCGAUGCCAUUGGACAGAUGGUUAGCCUCCUCCACAUGUCUCUGCUCUACUCCCUGUACUGCUUUGAGUAUCGCUGGUUCAACCAUGGCGUUGAGAUGCACCAACGGCUGUCCAAUAUCGAGAGGAACUGGCCCUAUUACUUUGGCUUUGGUUUACCCAUGGCGCUGCUGACCUCCCUGCCCUCCUCAUACAUCAUCAGUGGCUGCUUGUUCUCCAUCCUCUUCCCUCUAUUCAUCAUCAGCGCUAAUGAGGCCAAGACGCCAACAAAGCUGUACCACUUCCAGCUACGCCUCUUCUCCCUGGUUGUGCUGAUCAGCAACAAGCUUUUCCACAAGACGGUCCACCUGCAGUCCUCCCUGACGUCGUCCACCUCCUCAGAGAGGCUGUCGUCCCCCCACACCUCCCCGACCCGCCAGAGACCGCUCCCCACCCACUGAUGGAUCCACAUGAAAAGGAGAUAGGAGAGCAGUUGACGAGUGGCUUCGCUCAAUGUCAAACAGUGAUUCUUCAAAGAUGGAUUUCCUUUAUUGAAGAUGAUGUGUGGUGUAGGACAAAGGGUUUACAUGUUUUUUUUUUGUUUUUUUUAUCUGAACCCUGUCCCUUUGGUUAUUCAUAUGCCCACCAGACACAUUUUUUAGUGUGACACAAAAAUCGACUGCCCUUGUGCCUCACACUCAAAACACAUUAUAUACUCAGCUCUUGAUUUUUUUUUCUUUUGUGAAUUUUCUUUCACUUUUUUUUUGUAUAAUGUGCCAUUUGAGUGACUCUCCUUUUAAUAAAUUACAGCACAAGAAAUCAUGUAGUUUUUUUAAGCAAACUUGUGACGAAAGGAUUUUUUAACUGAAAGGGCUCGUUUGCCUUCAGAAGCAAAGCACAGUCUCGUUUUGCCUAGAGUAGGCCUACAUGUUUUCUUGAUGUUGAAGUCACGGUCCUUCCUCACAGAUUGAAUGUGUUGAACGGUGUCCCGGAAUAACCUUGUAUAGUUAAAAGGCAGGCUUUUUUAAAUCCUGUAAGAGCUUUGUUUUAGUAGAAUAUACAGAUCAGUUCAGGAGCUGCUACAAAAAAAAGGAUUGGAGACCUUCGUAAUGGAAACCAGUAACAAAGUCACUCUUGUCGUGUGUCGGUGAAAAGGUUAGCUUGGUGUCUGAUCCCAAAUGAAAUCUCACUCCACUGUCUGAGGAGAUGUACAUGUUGCGUUUUUAGUCUGUGUGAAUUUAGUAGGUCGUAGGUGAGAUGACACUGCCAAACUGUUGCAUCUAUGUUUUGUUUAUUUCACUUCAACCACUACAAUGCUCGGCUCUGUAAUAAAUAUGGUUGGGCAUCGUUUUGAUUUGAACAAUUCGGAUUCCAAUUCGGAUUCUUUCUUUCUAAUCCGGUUCUUAUCGAUUCUCGAUUCCGAUUCUUUGAGGGGUGGAGUUGGAACUGGUCACAUGCUUAUUUGAUGAUAUUGAUGCUUAUUUUAUUUGGUGAUCUACAGUUUUACUGGGCGCCGCUUACUCUGGUCAACGGCAGCAACACAACAAGCACCUGGAAGUACGGUGGCUGCCAUGGAAACCAAAACUCGAGCGUGUUAAAUUUGGAACCUGUGAUCGGAUUCCAAACCAAAUUAUCCAAACGGAAUGGAAUCGUUUUUUUUUUUAUUGGAAUAGUUUUGUAAUUUUUAAAACGAUUCCCAGUUUGAACCGGUACUCGAUGCCCAAUCCUAGUAAUAAUGGAGUCACAUAGUUAAAGUCUUUAUAUCUUAACAAAAUGGGUGAUCAGCCUUGACCCGCUCACUCUAGUUUUCCCCUAGAGAGCUGAAGCAAAUAUGAUUGGUCCCUACAGACCAUGGGCUGUUUGAUUUCUAUGCUAUAUAUAAUGUCAAUACAUCCUGAAUGUGCAAACAGAAGCCCACCACCAUGCAGCUACUCAGUCACCCAGUUCUCUCACUCAGUCAUCACAGCUCAUGGCCAUGGGGCGGGGGGGCAUUCUUUUGAAACAGUGUGCAAUUAUUGUAAGAAGAGCAUAGUGUUUGUGCAGACUAAUGUAUGUGAGUGAGGUUUUGUAAAAGUAAUACGUCUAAUUUCAAUAAAAUUGGUCAGUAUUCAAUA